AUGAGUGCUAAUGAACGGAAAAAAGAAGUCUUGCAACGUGAAAUGCAAAAGUUCGUUACGAGAUUAGGCACAGGAGUGCGUGAUCGAUUCAAUGAAGCGUUGCAGAAAGCACUGAUCGAGAGUUUAUUAGACGGAACGGUGUUUGCAAUUGUUGAAUCACUCAGUGAUUUGCAGCGAAUGAAUGAGACGCGGCUUUAUAAUGAUCGUCAGCAACGUCUGAUGGAAUUACAAUGCGUCCCUGAUUUAGAUGAACAAAUGAAGCAAAUUGAUAUCAAUAUUGUUAGUGAACUUGAUAAGAUAGCAGCCCAACAACAGAACACAUUGUGCCGUGCUGGUGUCCCCGCAUUCCGAAUCACUACCAGCCCUCGUGAUAUUGAAUUGCAAAUGGCAAUAAUUAGUUUUAUUUUAACAGUACGUCCACAAUUACAGGAUAUUAUGGGUUUGAUUGAUAAGCCAAUUAUAAUCGACGGUAAAGAUCAUCUGCUUGGGAGAUUAGCUUCUGUUAUAGCUAAGCAGUUACUUCUUGGUCAGAAGAUUGUUGUUGUGAGAUGUGAAGAUAUUGCAAUUUCUGGAAAUUUUCAUCGGUCGAAACUGAAGUUCAUGAGUUUUCUACGUAAACGAUGCAACGUGAAACCAGCGCGUGGUCCUUAUCAUUUCCGAGCACCGAGUCGAAUCUUUUGGCGUACUGUCCGUGGCAUGUUACCUCAUAAAACUCAUCGUGGAAAAGCAGCAUUGCUACGUUUAAAAGCCUUUGAUGGUAUCCCUCAACCUUAUGACAAAGUUAAAAGACAAGUCCAUCCAGCUGCUCUUCGACAAUUAGCAUUGAAACCACGAAGAAAAUAUUGUACAGUUGGACGUCUAGCUCAUGAGGUAGGAUGGCAGUAUCGUGAUGUAGUUGAAAAACUGGAAGCCAAAAGGAAGGCUAGAAGUGCAGCGUUUUAUGUUAUUAAGAAGAAUAAAACAAAACUUUUUUCCGAGGCAUUGAAAUCAGACAUUGUUAAGAAUUCACCUUAUCAAAAGUUGAUAGAAUCUUAUGGAUUUCAGGAGUUUAUUAUGCAUACGGAGGUCUGUAGUUUGUUAGAUGGUAAAGAGUAUGAUGUGGUUGGGAUUGAGUGUGAUGGUCAUUGUUCACCUGAUUUCCUUCAUAUGGGUAUUUUGGCAUAUGCAGUAAGUAAAGGCAUGAAAGUGGUUUUUAUUUCUGCACGACAUAAUUUGCAGGCGUUAAGGAUAAUGGCUAGUAAAUUGAUGAUUCGAUUACCUCAAGAUCUAAAAUUUCUGUCAUUAAGCGACUUCCUUCCUAAUAACUUCAUAAGAGAAGAUGAAAGUACGUUCUUUACCAGCAUAUUGGAGGAAGUCGUCAAGAAUAUAGAGGGAAGCGAUAAAGGAGUUUUGAUUAUAUGCGACGAUUUUACAGUCUUUUACGAUUUAUCGAAUGCCCCUUUUAAUGUUGUUUCAUUUGUCCGGUCAUUACAACAAUGUAUCGAAAGUGUAGAAAUUAAGAUAGUACUAACCUUCCAUUCAAAAGAUGAAAUUACAAAUAUUCUUCUUCAUGAAAGCGACAUCAUCAUGAAAAUAAAACGGAUCGGCAAUGGCUUUGCCAAAGAUGUCACGGGGCAGUUGUGUAUAGUAGAACGCAAUGGUGAAGUACCCUAUACAGAAACUACUUUCAAUUAUCAUCUGACUGAUCGAUCCUCAAAGCUUUUUCUUCCUGGAAUGUCACGACCAGAAUUAUGA